GUGUGAGCCUAACACAAUUAUCGGCUCAAAGUGUAGUUCAAGUGCAGCCAAUUUAUAAUAAAGCAUCACGCCGGUUCGGAAGCGAAACGUGACUAGUGGCCGUUUGUUCCUCCUAAUCACGCCUUAAGUUUCGCUUCCCACACACUGCAGCAGCAGCAGCUCGAGUAGGGUGGUUUACUGCUAGCUAUGUUUCCUUCUAAUGAAAAGAAAAGUCCAGUCCGUCCAGUGAAGACCUUUUUAUUGAGCUUUAUCUGAUUCAAACUCAUGAAAACUGUGGUAACGACACUUCUUUUAUGUUAUAAUGGAUGCAAAAGCAGUAACCGUGCUUCGAGGCAGCUUCGGUGCUCCAUGGGAGGAACAUUGUCAACAAGGCUUAGAACGUGCAAUGGGCUAUGAGCGCUGUGAUUACUACGGUUUCGUCCCCCAGGGUUUAAUCGGCUCUGACGGAUACUCGGCUAUAGCGAGCGUCUUCGGAGCUGGAGAGACGUUUUGUUGCGGAGGAAUUUGCACCUACUGUUAUUAUUACACGCCGGGAAAUGAAGCUAUCGAUCAGGCAGCAAGUAGAAUUUUCACACCUGCACUGCAGCUCAGUAAUUACAGAGCUUUUUGGAGUGAUGAGCAAAUGUUGCAACGGAGCAAUAUUUUCGACCCGUUUGCAACCGCAGCUAGAUGUGUUGCGUGUCCAUCGAUGAUGCAAAUUUGCCAAGGAUGUUAAUCGCAAUCAUCAUACAUUUUUCAGUGGAUAAUUGAAUGUAUUGUUUAUUGAAAUAUACAGAUAUAAUAUGAGAAUAAAUAUUUCAGAAGAUAUACG